GCCACCGCCGCGCUACCCGCGGCCGCGCAGCGCCGUAAGCCUUCGGACACCGCCGGCUGCGCCUGUCACCGACCCGCUCCUCCGGGACAAGACCCCCGCGCCGGCCAAGGAUUUCUAGAGCACCUCAGACGAUAUCCCAAGUGGAUGAUCAACUUCACAAUGGCAGAAGUAGAGAAGAGCAGCUGUAUGGACUGGCAAAAGCGGUGCCUUGCCUUGGAGUCCCAGCUCUUCAAAUUUCGCUUGCAGGCAACCAAGAUCCGAGAGCUGUUAGCUGAGAAGAUGCAGGAAUUGGAACAGAGAGUGAUAGAAGCAGAGCAAAGAGCAGAGGAUGCUGAGAAACAGGUCAGAGUUAUGGAAGAGAAAAUGAAACUAGCCAACAUGAAGAGCAGUGAAUCAGACAGCACCCUGCACAGGAAAUACCAGGAGCUGAUGGGCACAGUGCAAGGAAAGGAAGAUCUAAUCAACAGAUUGGAGACACAGCUAGAAAAACAGAAACAGUUGAGGACUGAGGAAGCCAAAGUUGUUCAAGAGAAAGCUGCCAAGAUCAAAGAGUGGGUAACAUUUAAGCUGAGAGAGCUUGAGCUAGAAAAUCACCACCUGAAAGACUGUAAUCGGAGGCUGACGGAGCAAAUUGAAGCCCUUCAGGAUACAUUGCAAGAUAUGACCAGUAUUCUUCCCUUUGAAUCUCUUUGGAGCUGUAAUUCUCUGAAGCCCAGAGUGUCACAGGCCUCUUUCACUGAGAAGGUAGACCAGAAAUCUGUGCUCCUUGCACCCGGUUUUGGAAAAGUGUGUCAGACAGGACCUGCCAAACGUGUCCUCUCUACAGCAAACAUAGUCCUUGCCAGUGACACCUUUACUGAGAAUGGAGAGGAUAAAUCUCUGCUUUCCCAGAGCACGCUGAAGUUCAUGUCUGGCCGAUCGAGCUGGAAUCUCUCCACAGAGAAGGAUGUAUUCCCAGCUGUAAGUUCUGAACACAGGUUAGGGUGCACUGAUCCCACAUCACUGGACCCUCCAGCUGAAGCCACAAGAAUCCUUGAGGCUCUGACUUUCCAGUCAUCUCUGGACGGAAACCGUAAUGCUGUGAGCACCUUUCAGCAAGUGACUUUGGACAGCACCCGCUUCUCUGAUCUGAGUGCCAGGUUCCACUCCCACCAGCUGGACUCCUCUUCCUCAGGAGAAAUAAUGAGCAUGCUUGAGGGCCAUCUUCAAACUACUAAGCCACCCCUGGUUGUGUCAACAUCAGCUGUCACAGCACAUUCCUUCUGUCCAGGGAGGGAAUGUGGCCUGGGCAGUAGUAUGACCUUUCCAAAAAUACGGACUCCCAAUACACCAAGAGACAGUAUCCAACUAGCCAAGAGACAUUACAGCCAGCCACAGCCAGGGGCUAAUUCUUUCUGUCGUGUACUGAGCUUAGAGACCAGCACCUUCCAGCCCAUAACAGACUCUCCAGUCUGCCAUGAGCAAGUGAAGGAGACAGACAUUGAUGAUGAUGGGGUACUGGAGAAGAUGGAGACAGAACGUGGCCCAAUGAGGGUCCAAGAAGCUGGAGGGUAUGAGGAAAUCAACUGCUCAUCUGCAGGGCAGAGAGAAGCUGUGAGUUCUGAGGCUGGGAUACUUGACCCAGGAGGUAAACCUCCCACACCACCACUGCACAGAUUCCCAUCAUGGGAGAGUCGAAUCUAUGCUCUGGCCAAGUCUGGUAUGAGGUUGUCUGAAGUAGCCACAGUGAAUGAUACUUCCAGCUGCUUUUCCAAUUUCUCGCAUUCAACUUCUGGGCCAUUUACCUGUCUCAUCUACAGAAAUGUCACAGUGCCAGUCUACACAACGCUGAAGGGGAAAGCCACACAGAUCAGCAACGUGCCUUUCUUAGAUGAGUCUUCAGGUUCUGAUGAUGACUGUGGUUCCCAUGCCAGCUUCAGGACUUCUACUGCUGGAUCUGAGACCAGGAAAGCUAGCAUGCCAGGCAGCCCUCGUGCAGUGAAGAGAGGUGCCUCUAUGUCCUCACUGAGCUCUGAGAGUGACUAUGCCAUUCCUCCUGAUGCCUGCUCUUUGGAUGGUGACUAUUCAGAGCCAGAACAUAAGCUGCAGCGAACAUCUUCCUAUUCCACUGAUGGUGGAAUCUGCACUGAACCCAUGGAGAAAUCAGGUUACUUGCUGAAAAUGGGCAGCCAGGUGAAGAUGUGGAAGAGGCGAUGGUUUGUUCUAAGAAACAGACAAAUCAUGUACUACAAGUCUCCGAGUGAUGUCAUCCGCAAACCACAAGGGCAGAUGGAGCUGAAUUCCUCAUGCCAAAUUGUCAGAGGUGAAGGGUCCCAAACAUUCCAGCUCAUGACAGAAAAGAGAACAUACUUCCUGACAGCAGACUCUCCCAACAUCCUGGAGGAGUGGAUUCAUGUCCUACAGAGUGUUCUGAGAGUGCAAGUGACCAGUCCUGUUGGUGUUCCUCGUAGUGAUGCUAAACCUACUGUGAAAGGUUGGCUCACCAAGGUCAAGCAUGGGCACUCCAAGCUGGUCUGGUGUGCACUGAUUGGAAAAACUUUCUACUACUAUCGAAAUCAUGAAGAUAAGUGUCCCCUAGGGCAUCUGCCUAUGCGUGAGUCCAAAGUGGCAGAAGUGGACCGUUCCUGUGACUCUGAUGAAGAUUAUGAAGCUACUGGUGGAGGACUUCUCUCAUCCCACUGUACACUGGUGAUUCACCCCCAGGACCAGAGUCCCACCUACUUACUCAUUCGCACCAAGCAGGAGAAGAAUACCUGGCUGUACCAUCUGACUGUAGCUGCUGGUAGCCAUAAUGCCACAGUGGGCACAUCUUAUGAACAACUCAUUGGAAAACUAUUGGAUGCAGAGGGAGACCCUAAUUCUCCUCUAUGGAAACAUCCUAUGUUGUGCUACAGUAAAGAUGGGUUGCACACAUCCCUCACCACUCUGCCAUCAGAGGCUCUACAGACUGAAGCUCUGAAACUUUUUAAGUCCUGCCAGCUCUUCAUCAAUGUCCCUGUGGAGGCAGCCUCUAUAGAUUACCACGUGUCCCUUGCCCAGACAGCACUGCAGGUCUGCUUGACACACACUGAAUUGCAAAAUGAAAUUUACUGUCAGCUUGUUAAACAGACCAGCUGCCGACAGCCUCAGAACCACUCAGUCAUUCAGUGCUGGCAACUCCUGGCUUUGUGUGCUCCUCUGUUCCUGCCUCAGCAUCACUUCCUCUGGUACAUCAAACAGCACCUGCAGCGACACGCAGACCCCAGGAGUGAAACAGGCAAGUAUGCCAUCUACUGCCAGAGAUCGGUAGAACGCACCCUGCAGAGCGGCGAGCGGGAAGCCAAGCCCUCCCGCAUGGAGAUUGUGUCCAUCCUGCUGAGAAAUCCCUACCACCACUCACUCCCCUUCAGCAUCCCAGUGCACUUCAUGAACGGAACCUACCAGGUUGUAGGUUUUGAUGGUUCCUCAACAGUUGAUGAAUUCAUCCAGCAACUGAACCAGGAGACAGGAAUGAGAAAACCAUCUCGCACAGGGUUUUCACUGUUCACAGAUGAUCCUUCUGGCAAGAAUUUGGAACACUGUCUGCAGGGCAACAUGAAGAUCUGUGAUGUCAUUUCUAAAUGGGAACAAGCCUUAAAAGAAUUGCAUCCCGGGAAAUAUGAAGGAGGCACAAGGAUUGUGAAGUUGACCUAUAAGAACAGGCUCUAUUUUCGGAGCCAGGCCAAAGGUGAGACAGACCGGGAGCGGUUGCUCUUGGCCUUCCAAGUCAGCAGUGAAAUCUCCAAUGGAAGGUUUCCUGUUAGUAAGGAAUUAGCUCUGGAAAUGGCAGCUCUGAUGGCUCAGGUGGAAUUUGGGGAUUUGGAUCGACCAGGAUAUUCAAGUCCUACUGGAACAUCACAGUCGAAGAUGCAACAUCUUCUUCACCAGGUCUUAGAUAAAUUCUACCCCAAAACCUAUAAGCAAAACAUUAAUCCUGAACAGCUCAGGCAACUGGCUGACAGGCUAGCAACAAAGUGGAUGGUGCUGCAGGGAUGCUCUCCACCAGAAUGCAUUCGAAUUUAUUUGACGGUGGCCCGGAAAUGGCCUCUUUUUGGAACCAAAAUAUUUGCUGCUAAGCCUACUUUGCCUUCAUCAUUAGAAGAUGGUCCAGUCUGGAUAGCUGUGAAUGAAGAUGGUAUCAGCAUACUGGAAUAUAACACUAUGCACUUGAAGGUCUCUUAUCCAUAUUCCUCUGUGCUGACCUUUGGAGGCUGUCGAGAUGACUUCAUGAUUGUAGUCAGUCAAAUGAAAGAGAGGAGUUCUGGAAAGAACAGCACUGAAAAACUCCUUUUCACAAUGGCAGUUCCAAAGAUUGUUGAAGCAACACUUCUUAUUGCCAGCUAUAUUAACUACCGUUCAACACCUCCACUCCUGUCUUCUACACAGCCCUCCCAAAAUAAAACGUCUGCCAACAAGCUCUGGGAAAAGGAAAGUAGGUGCUUUGUUCCUUCUGUGCCCCGCAGCACUAAGGGGCCCACCCUGCUCUGA